UAAACGGUACUGUCAAAUUUUCCAUAAGCAAUCGAGGUUAUUUUCAAGAUCCUAAGUUAUCAAUUCUUACGUCAUUGGCAUUGGAACGUCCUGUGGUUUAUAAAGCCUUGGACGUGAUUGUCGCAAAAAGACGUUCAAAGUGAUCCAGUAUGAGUGAGAAUGUUUUAUAUCACCAAGAGACCCAGUCUGAAAAGUUGGCACGAAAAACCAAGGAGACACCAUUUUUUCCAAUAGCUAUUGGAAUCUGUGCAUUGGUGGUGGGUUAUGGAGCUUACGCAUUUAAAAACAAGGGGAAAAUGAGCACCAGCGUGUACCUGAUGCAUCUCCGAGUUGGUGCCCAGGGAGCAGCCGUUGGAUCGCUUACAUUAGGUCUAAUUUAUACUAUGAUCAAAAACCAAAUGGAAAGAAAUGAAUCUGCGGCAAAGAAAUAAUAAAGAAUAAAACUAUUUAAAUUCAAGUUCUGUUAGUGCAAAGUAUUACAAAAUUAUGUGCGGUUGAAAUUUGUCACUAUAGUUUCUUCCAGAAAAAGUUAAAAUAAUUUGGGUUUAGACAAUUUUAUUGAUUGUGAUAUUUAUUUAUUAACAAGUUGUUAAAUGACUGUGUUAGAUGUACUUACUCUAACUAGUGGAUACACUCAAAUAAAUCAUUGUAUUUAUAACUUUUUAAAAAAAUAUAUUUAUUUUUCUGAUUA